AUGACUAAAGAUUAUAAUAUAUUAUACACUUUUCAUAAAAAACUUUAUGGAACCAUCAAGGAAUUCGUAUCCCAAAUGCUCUAUAAAUCAGAAUUAUGUAGUUAUACAAAAUCAGUAUCUUUUGAGUAAAUCAUACAAAACAGAUGGUCAAAUGAGAUAUUUGCUAAUAAGUGA